AUGAUCGAUACUGCCAAUGCAGUAUCAACAACCCCGGUCCCUGUCAGGAACGGCAUCCACCUCGCCAAGCACGAGGGGUAUGAGCUCUCGCGGCCUACCGAGUUCUUCGAUCAAUAUGGACCCUAUGUCCUUGGUAUACUCAGGAUCUUGAAGCAUUGUUUGGCAGUUGCAGCUGUGGCUGCUCCAGUUGCUGCUCUGGCUGACAGUGGCCUCAAGGAUGUCAUAGACGGAGUCAAGUCGAUCUCCGAGAGCACCAUCAAUGCCGUCGAUAUGUCAAUCAACAUUCUGGAGAUCAAGCUGGGGGACACCGAUACAGCCGACGCUCUUGCAGGAGCAGUAUCCAAUGGACAGGAUGACGACAACAUGUUCGAAAACCUUGCAGCCCUCGAAGGGGCUGACCUGCGACGCCUCGACACCUUCCUCCGCAACAACGACCAAGAUAAGAUCCUAGGCAACCUCUACCGGAUCACCACCGAGCAAGGACACGUCAAGUGGGUCUGCUUCGAAUACUAUCAGGAGAAGUACCGUGUAACCGCGCUAGCGUCUUUUGUCCAGUCAGUCGAGGCAGCCGGUGGCAGCUAUGACUCUCAUCUCGGCCAGGUCACGAUCAACCUCAAGUCCGGCACCACGUCGAAGGAUUUUUUCCGCCGACUUACCACUCAAGCCCCAGCCGUCCAGAGCCUAGAUGUCACCCUCGACUGGGAUUUCGGGUCUACAGAUCUGGUCACUCUUGUCGAUAUGGUCGCCAAGUCCAAUGUCAAGGUCGUGAAGCUAGAUCUGCAGGACGAUCACACUUCCAACGCCACCAUUGCAUCACUGCGACCCGGGAAAGGACACUAUCACUCUCUCCUUGGUCUUCUGUCUAACACCAAGCUUCGGGGCCUGCAGAUUUCCAACCUCUAUCUCCUGUCAACUCGCAUAUCGAACCUGCCUACCAACUUUAAUGCGUCGUGGCUCCAGACCUUUUGCUUCUAUGGACGGAUCAGCGAUGAUGAGGCUGGCGCUCCAUGGGGUUGA